AUGACAUCGAUACAGUGGCUUUUCUACCUUGCCGUUUUAUGGCAGGUCAGCCACCCACAACCGGCUGAACUCUAUCCAAGCAUCGAUCCGAAUCACUUUGGUGCCGAUGGAAAUCCGUGCUACGACCGCAGCACGCAUCAACCGCAACGAUGUGUGCCCGACUUCGUAAACGCCGCUUUCAACCUCGAUGUGCAAGUGACCAACACGUGUGGUACGAAACGGCCAACCAAGUUCUGUGUGCAAUCUGGGCAUACUGGACAACGAAGCGUCUGUGAGACUUGUGACAACCGACAUGAGGGUUUCUCUCAUCCGGCCAAAUUCCUCACCGAUUUCAAUGUGGGAAACAACGAAACCUGGUGGCAAUCCGACACGAUGAUGGAGGGCAUGCAAUUCCCAACCAGUGUGAAUCUGACUCUCACUCUUGGAAAAUCCUUCGACAUCACCUACGUCCGAUUAAAGUUCAUCAGUCCACGUCCAGAAUCAUUCACUAUCUACAAGAAGACCACUGCCGAUGACGAUUGGACUCCAUGGCAAUAUUACUCAGGAUCCUGCCGUGCUACCUACGGUAUCCCAGAUCGUGCACCAAUCUUGCCAGGAAACGAAAAUGUUGCUCAGUGUACCAAAGAAUUCUCUGACAUUUCCCCAAUCACCGGUGGAAAUAUCGCGUUCUCCACACUCGAAGGACGUCCAUCUGCCCAUAUUUUCGAAGAAUCUGAUGUUCUUCAAAACUGGGUCACUGCUUCUGCUAUCAAGAUCUCCCUGAAUCGUAUGAACACCUUCGGAGAUGAAGUGUUCAGAGAUCCACAAGUAUUGAAGAGUUAUUAUUAUGCCAUCUCGGAUUUCGCCGUUGGAGGAAGAUGCAAAUGCAACGGCCACGCUUCCGAAUGCGUAGGCUCAUCAUCGGUUGAUGGUGAGAACCGUCUUGUCUGCAGAUGUGAACACAAUACCCAAGGAGCCGAUUGUAAUGAGUGCUUGCCAUUUUAUAAUGAUCGCCCGUGGAAGGCUGGAACUGCCAAUGAGGCUAACGAGUGUAUUGCUUGCAACUGCUCUCAACUCUCCAACAGAUGCUACUUCGACCAACAACUGUUUGAGCAGACCGGACACGGGGGACACUGUAUCGACUGUCAAGGAAACACCCAGGGAGUUCACUGCGAGCAGUGUGUUGCCAACCAUUGGAGACGUCCAGGAGAGAACUAUUGUGUUGCUUGCGGAUGUAACGAGGUAACUAGGAUUUCUUAUCUCAAACAUAAAAAGGAUAUUUUCAGAUCGGAUCUCUCUCUACUCAAUGCGACAAUGAAGGAAAGUGUCAAUGCAAACCAGGAGUUACUGGACGUUUCUGUGAUCAGUGUCUGGAUGGAUACUACGAUUUCAGUACUAAUGGAUGCAAGUCACCAAAUUUCAUCAUCAAAUUUUUUCAGGAACUGCGGAUGCGAAGCUUCGGGAUCACUGAACAAUCAACCAAGAUGUGACUCAACAUCUGGAUCAUGUACCUGUAAACUCAAUGUGGAAGGACGUCAAUGCGACAAGUGUAAACCAGGAUACUUUGAUCUUUCAACUGAAAACCAGUUCGGAUGUACUCCAUGUUUCUGCUUCGGUCAUUCAUCUAUCUGUAGCACUGCUGAUGGAUAUUUCGCUGUUAAUGUCUCCAGUGUUUUCGAGAAAGAAAAGGAAAACUGGAAGGGACAAAACAGAAUCGGACUCCAAGACGCCAUCUUCGCUGAGCUCGACAAAGCUGUCGCUGUCUCUGAUACCGACAACUCUCCAGUCUAUUUCGUCGCUCCUCAACAAUUCACAGGAGAUCAACGAAGCAGUUACAACCAGGAUCUUGUUUUCACUCUCAGAGUGACCAACCAUGUUACCAACCAAGACGUCAAAGACAUCAUCAUUGUUGGAGCCGAUCGUCAGGAACUGUCGACCUCCAUCACUGCUCAAGGAAACCCAUUCCCAAGCAAUGAAGGCAAAACUUACCGCUUCCGUAUUCACGCCGACCCAUACUUUGGAUGGUAUCCAAGAAUCAACGAACUCGACUUCAUUGGAAUUCUUUCCAACAUCACUGCCAUCAAAAUUCGUGGGACCUACUCAUACAAAGAUAUCGGAUACCUUUCCAAUGUUCACCUUGGAAGUGCCGGACUUGCUCCUUCAGAGUCGAACCCGAAACAGGCCACAUGGAUCGAGCAUUGCGAGUGUCUUCCUGGAUUUGUCGGACAGUUCUGCGAGUCUUGCGAGCCAGGAUUCCGUCGUGAGACCAAGUUCGGAGGACCAUUCAACCGUUGCAUCAAAUGCGACUGCCACAAUCACUCGAACAGUUGUGAAGCUGAAUCUGGAUCGUGCAUUUGCGAACAUAACACUGCUGGAGAUACCUGUGAACGAUGUGCUCGUGGAUACUACGGAGAUGCUCUUCAAGGAACAUCGGAAGAUUGCCAAAAGUGUCCAUGUCCAAAUGACGGACCAUGUAUUCUUCACGCCGACGGAGACGUAAUCUGUACCGAAUGCCCCAACGGAUACACUGGACGUAGAUGUGACGAGUGCUCUGAUGGAUUCUUUGGAAAUCCAAAGGACGAUAUCGAGUGUAAUGAAUGCGCUUGUAACAACAACACCGAUCCGAAUUCUAUUGGAAACUGCGACAAGAUUACUGGAGAAUGUAAAAAGUGCGUGUACAACACCCAUGGAUUCAACUGCGAGAAAUGCAAACCAGGAUACUGGGGAGAUGCUCUCAUCGAGCCAAAAGGAAACUGCCGACCAUGUGGAUGCUUUGCUGCUGGAACCCGCCGUCCAAAUAACGACUACACUCUUUUGGAAUGUGAACAAACUGACGGACAGUGUGAAUGUCUGCCAAAUGUUUGGGGAAUGCAAUGUGACCAAUGUGAGAGUGGAUUCUACAACAUUACUUCUGGACUUGGAUGCCAAGAAUGUGGUUGCGACCCAUUGGGAUCUGAAGGAAACACCUGCGACGUCGUAACUGGACAAUGUCUCUGCAAACCAGGAGUCAUCGGACAGCACUGCGACCAAUGCGCACCCUACCAUUUCGGAUUCAGUGCUAACGGAUGCCAACCAUGUGAUUGCGAGUACAUCGGAUCCGAAAGCCAACAGUGCGACGUGAACAAUGGGCAAUGCUUGUGUAAGGAAAACGUGGAGGGAAGAAGAUGCGAUCAGUGCGCUGAAAACCGCUAUGGAAUUACUCAAGGAUGUCUGCCAUGCGAUGACUGUUACACUCUUAUUCAGAGCCGUGUCAACACCUUCAGAGAGAAGGUGAAGAGUCUUGACAACACUCUCCAAGAGAUUAUCGAGAACCCAGCUCCAGUGAAUGAUACCAAGUUUGAUGAGAAAGUGAAGGAAACAUCUCGCGCCGCCACCGAAGUUUGGGAAGCCGUUAAGCAGAAGACCAAAGAAGGAGGUGGCACUAUCAAAACCAAGUCAAAAGCCAUCAAGGAAGAGAUCAUGACUGCAUUGGAGAAGCUCACCACCAUUGAUGAUUCAGUUUCUCAAGCACGUGUUGGAGCUGAUGCUGCUGAAAACGACAUGAGAAGAUGGGAAAUCAUCAUUGAGAAUGCCCGAAGAGAAAUUGAAAAUGUUCUCCACUACCUUGAGACAGAAGGAGAUGAGAGAGCUCAAAUCGCCUACAACGCUAGCCAGAAAUACGGAGAGCAAAGCAAGAGAAUGUCGGAAUUGGCUCAAGGUACUCGCGAAGAAGCUGAGAAGCAUCUCAAGCAAGCUAUGGAGAUCGAAAAGCUCUCCGAGUUGGCUAUUGCCAACGCCACUCAAGCUAACAAAGAAGCUAGUGACGCUAUCUAUGGUGGAGAGCAAAUCUCCAAGCAGAUUGCUGAGCUCAAAGAGAAGCAAAACCAAAUCAAUGAGUCUAUCUCGAGAACUUUGGAUUUGGCUGAGGAACAGAAGAAGACUGCUGACGAAGCAAACAAUCUGGCUGCUGUCUCCCUUACUAACGUAGAGGCUGUGAAGAUUCCAAGUGUUGAUCCAAAGGAACUGAAAAAUGAUGUCGCUGGAGUAUUGGAGGAAGCUGAAAACCUUGUCGACAGCUCUUACAAGGAGAACGCUGCCAACGACGAGCUAUUCGAAGAGGUUGAGAGAACUGUUGCUGAUUCUCGCAACGAACUUCAGAGCGCUCAAGACCAACAGAGAGUUUCCGACCAACUGAUGCUUGAACUCGAGAAGGCGCGUGAAAAAAUUGUGGACUCUGUCACCAACGCUGAUAAGACUCUGAAGGACGCCGAAGCAGUUCUUGCUUCCCUUGAAGAGUUCACUUCUAAGAUUGAGCAAUCCAGAAAUGACGCUGUCGCUGAAUUCGCCAAUGUUGAAAGCAUCAACAAGAAGCUUGAUGGAGUUCUCGUUGCUCAGGAUGCCAAGAGAAAUUCUCUCCCACUCGACAGACAAUUCACUGCUGACUACAGAAAAUCUGCUGAUGUUCUCCUGGAUGAAACCGCUGUUCUUGUUGACAAGUACAAGGACCUGAUUAACACCGAAGUCGACACCCAAGAUUCCACAGAAGCUAUCAACGGAGAUAUUGAGCAGCUCAUGGAAGAAUUGACCGAGUCCAAGGAGAACUUAGAAUACUACCGCAAACAAGCCGAAGAUGACAAACUGAUGGCUACUGAAGCUGUUCGCAAGGCGACUCUUGCCAAGAACUCUGCUAUUGACGCUAACUCGACCAUUCUUUCUGAGCAAGAUGAGAUCAAAAAGAUUAUUGAUGCUUUGAGUGAGUAUUUGAUAUCAAUCGGUUACAAAUUCAAUUUCAAAAUUUUCAGAUACCAUGGAAGAAUGCCAAACUUCCAACAGUAUCGCGCUGACGAAGAUGCCAAGGUGCAGCAGCUCAAGAAUGACAUCACUGAGCUCCAGAAGGAGGUUGUGAAUCUUGAGGAAAUUCGCGACAACUUGCCAACCAAAUGCUUCAAUGUCAUCAAUUUGGAGCAAGAGGGACAGAAGUAA